UCUCAGACCACCACUUCUGCAUCAACAUCUUUGGAAACAUCUACAGCAUCACCUACAACUACAACAGCAUCACCUACUGUAUCUUCAACUACCACUUCAUCACCAGUAACUACAAAUUCUGAAACAACUUCAGGCUCGACAUCUACAGUAACCACUCCAACAACACUUCUAACAACCAGUGCAUCAUCUACUGAAGCAUCAACUAGCACUUCAUCUCCUGUUACCACAGAUAGUCAAACAACAGCUUCAACCUCAACACCAGCUGCAACCUCUGAAACAACACCAUCACCUACCACGGCAUCAUCUAGUGCAGAAUCAACUAGUACUUCAUCUGUUGAAACUACAGUAAGUCAAACAACAACUUUAUCCUCAACAGCUACAGAAAACUCUCCAACAACACCUUCAAGUACUUCACAAUCCUCUAGUGCAGUUUCAACUACAACUUCAUCUCAGACCACCACUUCUGCAUCAACAUCUUUGGAAACAUCUACAGCAUCACCUACAACUACAACUGCAUCACCUACUGUAUCUUCAACUACCACUUCAUCACCAGUAACUACAAAUUCCGAAACAACUUCAGCCUCGACAUCUACAGUAACCACUCCAACAACACCUGCAACAACCAGUGCAUCAUCUACUGAAGCAUCAAGUAGCACUUCAUCUCCUGUUACCACAGAUAGUCAAACAACAGCUUCAACCUCAACACCAGCUGCAACCUCUGAAACAACACCAUCACCUACCACGGCAUCAUCUAGUGCAGAAUCAACUAGUACUUCAUCUGUUGAAACUACAGUAAGUCAAACAACAACUUUAUCCUCAACAGCUACAGAAAACUCUCCAACAACACCUUCAAGUACUUCACAAUCCUCUAGUGCAGUUUCAACUACAACUUCUUCUCAGACCACCACUUCUGCAUCAACAUCUUUGGAAACAUCUACAGCAUCACCUACAACUACAACAGCAUCACCUACUGUAUCUUCAACUACCACUUCAUCACCAGUAACUACAAAUUACGAAACAACUUCAGGCUCGACAUCUACAGUAACCACUCCAACAACACUUCUAACAACCAGUGCAUCAUCUACUGAAGCAUCAACUAGCACUUCAUCUCCUGUUACCACAGAUAGUCAAACAACAGCUUCAACCUCAACACCAGCUGCAACCUCUGAAACAACACCAUCACCUACCACGGCAUCAUCUAGUGCAGAAUCAACUAGUACUUCAUCUGUUGAAACUACAGUAAGUCAAACAACAACUUUAUCCUCAACAGCUACAGAAAACUCUCCAACAACACCUUCAAGUACUUCACAAUCCUCUAGUGCAGUUUCAACCACCACUUCUGCAUCAACAUCUUUGGAAACAUCUACAGCAUCACCUACAACUACAACUGCAUCACCUACUGUAUCUUCAACUACCACUUCAUCACCAGUAACUACAAAUUCUGAAACAACUUCAGGCUCGACAUCUACAGUAACCACUCCAACAACACUUCUAACAACCAGUGCAUCAUCUACUGAAGCAUCAACUAGCACUUCAUCUCCUGUUACCACAGAUAGUCAAACAACAGCUUCAACCUCAACACCAGCUGCAACCUCUGAAACAACACCAUCACCUACCACGGCAUCAUCUAGUGCAGAAUCAACUAGUACUUCAUCUGUUGAAACUACAGUAAGUCAAACAACAACUUUAUCCUCAACAGCUACAGAAAACUCUCCAACAACACCUUCAAGUACUUCACAAUCCUCUAGUGCAGUUUCAACCACCACUUCUGCAUCAACAUCUUUGGAAACAUCUACAGCAUCACCUACAACUACAACUGCAUCACCUACUGUAUCUUCAACUACCACUUCAUCACCAGUAACUACAAAUUCCGAAACAACUUCAGCCUCGACAUCUACAGUAACCACUCCAACAACACCUCCAACAACCAGUGCAUCAUCUACUGAAGCAUCAAGUAGCACUUCAUCUCCUGUUACCACAGAUAGUCAAACAACAGCUUCAACCUCAACACCAGCUGCAACCUCUGAAACAACACCAUCACCUACCACGGCAUCAUCUAGUGCAGAAUCAACUAGUACUUCAUCUGUUGAAACUACAGUAAGUCAAACAACAACUUUAUCCUCAACAGCUACAGAAAACUCUCCAACAACACCUUCAAGUACUUCACAAUCCUCUAGUGCAGUUUCAACUACAACUUCAUCUCAGACCACCACUUCUGCAUCAACAUCUUUGGAAACAUCUACAGCAUCACCUACAACUACAACAGCAUCACCUACUGUAUCUUCAACUACCACUUCAUCACCAGUAACUACAAAUUCCGAAACAACUUCAGGCUCGACAUCUACAGUAACCACUCCAACAACACUUCUAACAACCAGUGCAUCAUCUACUGAAGCAUCAACUAGCACUUCAUCUCCUGUUACCACAGAUAGUCAAACAACAGCUUCAACCUCAACACCAGCUGCAACCUCUGAAACAACACCAUCACCUACCACGGCAUCAUCUAGUGCAGAAUCAACUAGUACUUCAUCUGUUGAAACUACAGUAAGUCAAACAACAACUUUAUCCUCAACAGCUACAGAAAACUCUCCAACAACACCUUCAAGUACUUCACAAUCCUCUAGUGCAGUUUCAACCACCACUUCUGCAUCAACAUCUUUGGAAACAUCUACAGCAUCACCUACAACUACAACAGCAUCACCUACUGUAUCUUCAACUACCACUUCAUCACCAGUAACUACAAAUUCUGAAACAACUUCAGGCUCGACAUCUACAGUAACCACUCCAACAACACUUCUAACAACCAGUGCAUCAUCUACUGAAGCAUCAACUAGCACUUCAUCUCCUGUUACCACAGAUAGUCAAACAACAGCUUCAACCUCAACACCAGCUGCAACCUCUGAAACAACACCAUCACCUACCACGGCAUCAUCUAGUGCAGAAUCAACUAGUACUUCAUCUGUUGAAACUACAGUAAGUCAAACAACAACUUUAUCCUCAACAGCUACAGAAAACUCUCCAACAACACCUUCAAGUACUUCACAAUCCUCUAGUGCAGUUUCAACUACAACUUCAUCUCAGACCACCACUUCUGCAUCAACAUCUUUGGAAACAUCUACAGCAUCACCUACAACUUCAACAGCAUCACCUACUGUAUCUUCAACUACCACUUCAUCACCAGUAACUACAAAUUACGAAACAACUUCAGGCUCGACAUCUACAGUAACCACUCCAACAACACUUCUAACAACCAGUGCAUCAUCUACUGAAGCAUCAACUAGCACUUCAUCUCCUGUUACCACAGAUAGUCAAACAACAGCUUCAACCUCAACACCAGCUGCAACCUCUGAAACAACACCAUCACCUACCACGGCAUCAUCUAGUGCAGAAUCAACUAGUACUUCAUCUGUUGAAACUACAGUAAGUCAAACAACAACUUUAUCCUCAACAGCUACAGAAAACUCUCCAACAACACCUUCAAGUACUUCACAAUCCUCUAGUGCAGUUUCAACCACCACUUCUGCAUCAACAUCUUUGGAAACAUCUACAGCAUCACCUACAACUACAACUGCAUCACCUACUGUAUCUUCAACUACCACUUCAUCACCAGUAACUACAAAUUCUGAAACAACUUCAGGCUCGACAUCUACAGUAACCACUCCAACAACACUUCCAACAACCAGUGCAUCAUCUACUGAAGCAUCAAGUAGCACUUCAUCUCCUGUUACCACAGAUAGUCAAACAACAGCUUCAACCUCAACACCAGCUGCAACCUCUGAAACAACACCAUCACCUACCACGGCAUCAUCUAGUGCAGAAUCAACUAGUACUUCAUCUGUUGAAACUACAGUAAGUCAAACAACAACUUUAUCCUCAACAGCUACAGAAAACUCUCCAACAACACCUUCAAGUACUUCACAAUCCUCUAGUGCAGUUUCAACUACAACUUCAUCUCAGACCACCACUUCUGCAUCAACAUCUUUGGAAACAUCUACAGCAUCACCUACAACUACAACUGCAUCACCUACUGUAUCUUCAACUACCACUUCAUCACCAGUAACUACAAAUUCUGAAACAACUUCAGGCUCGACAUCUACAGUAACCACUCCAACAACACUUCUAACAACCAGUGCAUCAUCUACUGAAGCAUCAAGUAGCACUUCAUCUCCUGUUACCACAGAUAGUCAAACAACAGCUUCAACCUCAACACCAGCUGCAACCUCUGAAACAACACCAUCACCUACCACGGCAUCAUCUAGUGCAGAAUCAACUAGUACUUCAUCUGUUGAAACUACAGUAAGUCAAACAACAACUUUAUCCUCAACAGCUACAGAAAACUCUCCAACAACACCUUCAAGUACUUCACAAUCCUCUAGUGCAGUUUCAACCACCACUUCUGCAUCAACAUCUUUGGAAACAUCUACAGCAUCACCUACAACUACAACUGCAUCACCUACUGUAUCUUCAACUACCACUUCAUCACCAGUAACUACAAAUUCUGAAACAACUUCAGCCUCGACAUCUACAGUAACCACUCCAACAACACCUGCAACAACCAGUGCAUCAUCUACUGAAGCAUCAAGUAGCACUUCAUCUCCUGUUACCACAGAUAGUCAAACAACAGCUUCAACCUCAACACCAGCUGCAACCUCUGAAACAACACCAUCACCUACCACGGCAUCAUCUAGUGCAGAAUCAACUAGUACUUCAUCUGUUGAAACUACAUUUCAACACCACUACUGCAUCAACAUCUUUGGAAACAACUACAGCAUCACCUACAACUACAUCACCUACUGUAUCUUCAACUACCACUUCAUCACCAAUAGUCAAACAACAGCUUCAACCUCAACACCAGCUGCAACCUCUGAAACAACACCAUCACCUACCACGGCAUCAUCUAGUGCAGAAUCAACUAGUACUUCAUCUGUUGAAACUACAUGCAGUUUCAACCACCACUUCUGCAUCAACAUCUUUGGAAACAUCUACAGCAUCACCUACAACUACAACUGCAUCACCUACUGUAUCUUCAACUACCACUUCAUCACCAGUAACUACAAAUUCCGAAACAACUUCAGCCUCGACAUCUACAGUAACCACUCCAACAACACUUCAACAACCAGUGCAUCAUCUACUGAAGCAUCAAGUAGCACUUCAUCUCCUGUUACCACAGAUAGCUCAAACAACAGCUUCAACCUCAGUACUUCACAAUCCUCUAGUGCAGUUUCAACUACUUCAAACAACACCACUUCUGCAUCAACAUCUUUGGAAACAUCUACAGCAUCAGAAUCAACUACAACUGCAUCACCUACUGUAUCUUCAACUACCACUUCAUCACCAGUAACUAAAAAUUCAAACAACUUCAGCUCGACAUCUACAUGCAGUUUCAACUACAACUUCAUCUCAGACCACCACUUCUGCAUCAACAUCUUUGGAAACAUCUACAGCAUCACCUACAACUACAACUGCAUCACCUACUGUAUCUUCAACUACCACUUCAUCACCAACCACUUCUGCAUCAACAUCUUUGGAAACAUCUACAGCAUCACCUACAACUACAACUGCAUCACCUACUGUAUCUUCAACUACCACUUCAUCACCAGUAACUACAAAUUCCGAAACAACUUCAGCCUCGACAUCUACAAUAGUCAAACAACAGCUUCAACCUCAACACCAGCUGCAACCUCUGAAACAACACCAUCACCUACCACGGCAUCAUCUAGUGCAGAAUCAACUAGUACUUCAUCUGUUGAAACUACAUGCAGUUUCACUUCAUCCACCACUUCUGCAUCAACAUCUUUGGAAACAUCUACAGCAUCACCUACAACUACAACUGCAUCACCUACUGUAUCUUCAACUACCACUUCAUCACCAGUAACUACAAAUUCUGAAACAACUUCAGGCUCGACAUCUACAGUAACCACUCCAACAACACUUCUAACAACCAGUGCAUCAUCUACUGAAGCAUCAAGUAGCACUUCAUCUCCUGUUACCACAGAUAGUCAAACAACAGCUUCAACCUCAACACCAGCUGCAACCUCUGAAACAACACCAUCACCUACCACGGCAUCAUCUAGUGCAGAAUCAACUAGUACUUCAUCUGUUGAAACUACAGUAAGUCAAACAACAACUUUAUCCUCAACAGCUACAGAAAACUCUCCAACAACACCUUCAAGUACUUCACAAUCCUCUAGUGCAGUUUCAACCACCACUUCUGCAUCAACAUCUUUGGAAACAUCUACAGCAUCACCUACAACUACAACUGCAUCACCUACUGUAUCUUCAACUACCACUUCAUCACCAGUAACUACAAAUUCUGAAACAACUUCAGGCUCGACAUCUACAGUAACCACUCCAACAACACUUCUAACAACCAGUGCAUCAUCUACUGAAGCAUCAAGUAGCACUUCAUCUCCUGUUACCACAGAUAGUCAAACAACAGCUUCAACCUCAACACCAGCUGCAACCUCUGAAACAACACCAUCACCUACCACGGCAUCAUCUAGUGCAGAAUCAACUAGUACUUCAUCUGUUGAAACUACAGUAAGUCAAACAACAACUUUAUCCUCAACAGCUACAGAAAACUCUCCAACAACACCUUCAAGUACUUCACAAUCCUCUAGUGCAGUUUCAACUACAACUUUCUCAGACCACCACUUCUGCAUCAACAUCUUUGGAAACAUCUACAGCAUCACCUACAACUUCAACAGCAUCACCUACUGUAUCUUCAACUACCACUUCAUCACCAAUAGUCAAACAACAGCUUCAACCUCAACACCAGCUGCAACCUCUGAAACAACACCAUCACCUACCACGGCAUCAUCUAGUGCAGAAUCAACUAGUACUUCAUCUGUUGAAACUACAGUAAGUCAAACAACAACUUUAUCCUCAACAGCUACAGAAAACUCUCCAACAACACCUUCAAGUACUUCACAAUCCUCUAGUGCAGUUUCAACCACCACUUCUGCAUCAACAUCUUUGGAAACAUCUACAGCAUCACCUACAACUACAACAGCAUCACCUACUGUAUCUUCAACUACCACUUCAUCACCAGUAACUACAAAUUCUGAAACAACUUCAGGCUCGACAUCUACAGUAACCACUCCAACAACACUUCUAACAACCAGUGCAUCAUCUACUGAAGCAUCAACUAGCACUUCAUCUCCUGUUACCACAGAUAGUCAAACAACAGCUUCAACCUCAACACCAGCUGCAACCUCUGAAACAACACCAUCACCUACCACGGCAUCAUCUAGUGCAGAAUCAACUAGUACUUCAUCUGUUGAAACUACAGUAAGUCAAACAACAACUUUAUCCUCAACAGCUACAGAAAACUCUCCAACAACACCUUCAAGUACUUCACAAUCCUCUAGUGCAGUUUCAACUACAACUUCAUCUCAGACCACCACUUCUGCAUCAACAUCUUUGGAAACAUCUACAGCAUCACCUACAACUUCAACAGCAUCACCUACUGUAUCUUCAACUACCACUUCAUCACCAGUAACUACAAAUUCUGAAACAACUUCAGGCUCGACAUCUACAGUAACCACUCCAACAACACUUCUAACAACCAGUGCAUCAUCUACUGAAGCAUCAACUAGCACUUCAUCUCCUGUUACCACAGAUAGUCAAACAACAGCUUCAACCUCAACACCAGCUGCAACCUCUGAAACAACACCAUCACCUACCACGGCAUCAUCUAGUGCAGAAUCAACUAGUACUUCAUCUGUUGAAACUACAGUAAGUCAAACAACAACUUUAUCCUCAACAGCUACAGAAAACUCUCCAACAACACCUUCAAGUACUUCACAAUCCUCUAGUGCAGUUUCAACCACCACUUCUGCAUCAACAUCUUUGGAAACAUCUACAGCAUCACCUACAACUACAACAGCAUCACCUACUGUAUCUUCAACUACCACUUCAUCACCAGUAACUACAAAUUCUGAAACAACUUCAGGCUCGACAUCUACAGUAACCACUCCAACAACACUUCUAACAACCAGUGCAUCAUCUACUGAAGCAUCAAGUAGCACUUCAUCUCCUGUUACCACAGAUAGUCAAACAACAGCUUCAACCUCAACACCAGCUGCAACCUCUGAAACAACACCAUCACCUACCACGGCAUCAUCUAGUGCAGAAUCAACUAGUACUUCAUCUGUUGAAACUACAUGCAGUUUCAACCACCACUUCUGCAUCAACAUCUUUGGAAACAUCUACAGCAUCACCUACAACUACAACUGCAUCACCUACUGUAUCUUCAACUACCACUUCAUCACCAAUAGUCAAACAACAGCUUCAACCUCAACACCAGCUGCAACCUCUGAAACAACACCAUCACCUACCACGGCAUCAUCUAGUGCAGAAUCAACUAGUACUUCAUCUGUUGAAACUACAUGCAGUUUCACCUCAUCUCACCACCACUUCUGCAUCAACAUCUUUGGAAACAUCUACAGCAUCACCUACAACUACAACUGCAUCACCUACUGUAUCUUCAACUACCACUUCAUCACCAGUAACUACAAAUUCCGAAACAACUUCAGGCUCGACAUCUACAAUAGUCAAACAACAGCUUCAACCUCAACACCAGCUGCAACCUCUGAAACAACACCAUCACCUACCACGGCAUCAUCUAGUGCAGAAUCAACUAGUACUUCAUCUGUUGAAACUACAUGCAGUUUCAACCACCACUUCUGCAUCAACAUCUUUGGAAACAUCUACAGCAUCACCUACAACUACAACAGCAUCACCUACUGUAUCUUCAACUACCACUUCAUCACCAGUAACUACAAAUUACGAAACAACUUCAGGCUCGACAUCUACAAUAGUCAAACAACAGCUUCAACCUCAACACCAGCUGCAACCUCUGAAACAACACCAUCACCUACCACGGCAUCAUCUAGUGCAGAAUCAACUAGUACUUCAUCUGUUGAAACUACAUGCAGUUUCAACCACCACUUCUGCAUCAACAUCUUUGGAAACAUCUACAGCAUCACCUACAACUACAACAGCAUCACCUACUGUAUCUUCAACUACCACUUCAUCACCAGUAACUACAAAUUCCGAAACAACUUCAGCCUCGACAUCUACAAUAGUCAAACAACAGCUUCAACCUCAACACCAGCUGCAACCUCUGAAACAACACCAUCACCUACCACGGCAUCAUCUAGUGCAGAAUCAACUAGUACUUCAUCUGUUGAAACUACAUGCAGUUUCAACCACCACUUCUGCAUCAACAUCUUUGGAAACAUCUACAGCAUCACCUACAACUACAACUGCAUCACCUACUGUAUCUUCAACUACCACUUCAUCACCAGUAACUACAAAUUCGAAACAACUUCAGCCUCGACAUCUACAGUAACCACUCCAACAACACUUCUAACAACCAGUGCAUCAUCUACUGAAGCAUCAAGUAGCACUUCAUCUCCUGUUACCACAGAUAGUCAAACAACAGCUUCAACCUCAACACCAGCUGCAACCUCUGAAACAACACCAUCACCUACCACGGCAUCAUCUAGUGCAGAAUCAACUAGUACUUCAUCUGUUGAAACUACAGUAAGUCAAACAACAACUUUAUCCUCAACAGCUACAGAAAACUCUCCAACAACACCUUCAAGUACUUCACAAUCCUCUAGUGCAGUUUCAACCACCACUUCUGCAUCAACAUCUUUGGAAACAUCUACAGCAUCACCUACAACUACAACUGCAUCACCUACUGUAUCUUCAACUACCACUUCAUCACCAGUAACUACAAAUCUCGAAACAACUUCAGCCUCGACAUCUACAGUAACCACUCCAACAACACUUCCAACAACCAGUGCAUCAUCUACUGAAGCAUCAAGUAGCACUUCAUCUCCUGUUACCACAGAUAGUCAAACAACAGCUUCAACCUCAACACCAGCUGCAACCUCUGAAACAACACCAUCACCUACCACGGCAUCAUCUAGUGCAGAAUCAACUAGUACUUCAUCUGUUGAAACUACAGUAAGUCAAACAACAACUUUAUCCUCAACAGCUACAGAAAACUCUCCAACAACACCUUCAAGUACUUCACAAUCCUCUAGUGCAGUUUCAACCACCACUUCUGCAUCAACAUCUUUGGAAACAUCUACAGCAUCACCUACAACUACAACUGCAUCACCUACUGUAUCUUCAACUACCACUUCAUCACCAGUAACUACAAAUUCCGAAACAACUUCAGCCUCGACAUCUACAGUAACCACUCCAACAACACCUCCAACAACCAGUGCAUCAUCUACUGAAGCAUCAAGUAGCACUUCAUCUCCUGUUACCACAGAUAGUCAAACAACAGCUUCAACCUCAACACCAGCUGCAACCUCUGAAACAACACCAUCACCUACCACGGCAUCAUCUAGUGCAGAAUCAACUAGUACUUCAUCUGUUGAAACUACAGUAAGUCAAACAACAACUUUAUCCUCAACAGCUACAGAAAACUCUCCAACAACACCUUCAAGUACUUCACAAUCCUCUAGUGCAGUUUCAACCACCACUUCUGCAUCAACAUCUUUGGAAACAUCUACAGCAUCACCUACAACUACAACUGCAUCACCUACUGUAUCUUCAACUACCACUUCAUCACCAGUAACUACAAAUUCCGAAACAACUUCAGCCUCGACAUCUACAGUAACCACUCCAACAACACCUCCAACAACCAGUGCAUCAUCUACUGAAGCAUCAAGUAGCACUUCAUCUCCUGUUACCACAGAUAGUCAAACAACAGCUUCAACCUCAACACCAGCUGCAACCUCUGAAACAACACCAUCACCUACCACGGCAUCAUCUAGUGCAGAAUCAACUAGUACUUCAUCUGUUGAAACUACAGUAAGUCAAACAACAACUUUAUCCUCAACAGCUACAGAAAACUCUCCAACAACACCUUCAAGUACUUCACAAUCCUCUAGUGCAGUUUCAACCACCACUUCUGCAUCAACAUCUUUGGAAACAUCUACAGCAUCACCUACAACUACAACUGCAUCACCUACUGUAUCUUCAACUACCACUUCAUCACCAGUAACUACAAAUUCCGAAACAACUUCAGGCUCGACAUCUACAGUAACCACUCCAACAACACCUCCAACAACCAGUGCAUCAUCUACUGAAGCAUCAAGUAGCACUUCAUCUCCUGUUACCACAGAUAGUCAAACAACAGCUUCAACCUCAACACCAGCUGCAACCUCUGAAACAACACCAUCACCUACCACCGCAUCAUCUAGUGCAGAAUCAACUAGUACUUCAUCUGUUGAAACUACAGUAAGUCAAACAACAACUUUAUCCUCAACAGCUACAGAAAACUCUCCAACAACACCUUCAAGUACUUCACAGUCCUCGAGUGCAGUGUCAACCACCACUUCUACAUCAACAUCUUUGGAAACAUCUACAGCAUCACCUACAACUACAACUGCAUCACCUACUGUAUCUUCAACUACCACUUCAUCACCAGUAACUACAAAUUCCGAAACAACUUCAGCCUCGACAUCUACAGUAACCACUCCAACAACUCCUCCAACAACCAGUGCAUCAUCUACUGAAGCAUCAAGUAGCACUUCAUCUCCUGUUACCACAGAUAGUCAAACAACAGCUUCAACCUCAACACCAGCUGCAACCUCUGAAACAACACCAUCACCUACCACGGCAUCAUCUAGUGCAGAAUCAACUAGUACUUCAUCUGUUGAAACUACAGUAAGUCAAACAACAACUUUAUCCUCAACAGCUACAGAAAACUCUCCAACAACACCUUCAAGUACUUCACAAUCCUCUAGUGCAGUUUCAACCACCACUUCUGCAUCAACAUCUUUGGAAACAUCUACAGCAUCACCUACAACUACGACUGCAUUACCAACUGUAUCUUCAACUACCACUUCAUCACCAGUAACUACAAAUUCCGAAAAAACUUCAGCCUCAACAUCUACAGUAACCACUCCAACAACACUUGCAACAACCAGUGCAUCAUCUACUGAAGCAUCAACUAGCACUUCAUCUCCUGUUACCACAGAUAGUCAAACAACAGCUUCAACCUCAACAGCUACAGAAAACUCUCCAACAACACCUUCAAGUACUUCACAAUCCUCUAGUGCAGUUUCAACUACAACUUCAUCUCAGACCACCAGUUCUGAAUCAACAUCUUUGGAAACAUCUACAGCAUCACCUACAACUACAACUGCCUCACCUACUGUAUCUUCAACUACCACUUCAUUACCAGUAACUACAAACUCCGAAACAACUUCAGCCUCAACAUCUACAGUAACCACUCCAACAACACUUCCAACAACCAGUGCAUCAUCUACUGAAGCAUCAACAAGCACUUCAUCUCCUGUAACCACAGAUAGUCAAACAACAGCUUCAACAUCAACACCAGCUGCAACCUCUGAAACACCAUCACCUACCAUGGCAUCAUCUAGUGCAGAAUCAACUAGUACUUCAACUGUUAAAACUACAGUAACUAAAACAUCAACUUUAGCCUCAACAACCACAGAAACCUCUCCAACAACACCUUCAAGUACUUCACAAUCCUCUAGUACAGUUUCAACUACAACAUCAUCUCAAACCACCACUUCUGCAUCAACAUCUUUGGAAACAUCCACAGCAUCACAUACAACUACAACUGCAUCACCUACUGUAUCUUCAACUACCACUUCAUCACCAGUAACGACAAAUUCAGAAACAACUUCAGCCUCAACAUCUACAGUAACCACUCCAACAACACUUCCAACAACCAGUGCAUCAUCUCGUGAAGCAUCAACUAGCACUUCAUCUCGUAUUACCACAGAUAGUCAAACAACUGCUUCAACCUCAACACCAGCUACAACCUCUGAAACAACACAAUCACCUACCACAGCAUCAUCUAGUGCAGAAUCAAAUAGUACUUCAUCUGUUGAAACUACAGUAAGUCAAACAACAACUUUAGAGUCAACAGCCACAGAACACUCUCAAACAACACCUUCCAGUACUCCACAAUCCUCUAGUGCAGUUUCAACUACAACUGCAUCUCAGACCACCACUUCUGCAUCAGCAUCUUUGGAAACAUCUACAGCAUCACCUACAACUACAACUGCAUCACCUACUUAUUCUUCAACUACCACUCCAUCAACAGUAACUACAAAUUCUGAAUCAACUUCAGCCUCAACAUCUACAGUAACCACUCCAACAACACUUCCAACAACCAGUGCAUCAUCUACUGAAGCAUCAAAUAGCACUUCAUCUCCUGUUACCACAGAUAGUCAAACAACAGCUUCAACAUCAACACCAGCUGCAACCUCUGAAACAACACCAUCACCUACCAUGGCAUCAUCUAGUGCAGAAUCAACUAGUACUUCAUCUGUUGAAACUACAGUAAGUCAAACAACAACAUUAGCCUCAACAGCUACAGAAAACUCUUCAACAACAACUUCAAGUACUUCACAAUCCUCUAGUGCAGUUUCAACUACAACUUCAUCUCAGACAGCCAGUUCUGCAGCAAAAUCUAUGGAAACAUCUACAGCAUCACCAAAAACUACAACUGCAUCACCUACUGUAUCUUCAACUACCACUUCAUCACCAGUAACUACAAAUUCUGAAACAACUUCAGCCACAACAUCUAGAGAAACCACUCCAACAACACUUCCAACAUCCAGUGUAUCAUCUACUGAAGCAUCAACUAGCACUUCAUCUCCUGUUACCACAGAUAGUCAAACAACAGCUUCAACCUCAACACCAGCUGCAACCUCAGAAACAACACCAUCACCUACCACGGCAUCAUCUAGUGCAGAAUCAACUAGUACUUCAUCUGUUGAAACUACAGUAAGUCAAACAACAACAUUAGCCUCAUCAACAGCUACAGAAAACUCUCCAACAACUUCAAGUACUUCACAAUCCUCUAGUGCAGUUUCAACUACAACUUCAUCUCAGACAACCAGUUCUGCAGCAACAUCUAUGGAAACAUCUACAGCAUCACCUACAACUACAACUGCAUCACCUACUGUAUCUUCAGCUACCACUUUAUCACCAGUAACUACAAAUUCCGAAACAACUUUAGCCUCAACAUCUACAGUAACCACUCCAACAACACUUCUAACAACCAGUGCGUCAUCUACUGAAGCAUCAACUAGCACUUCAUCUCCUGUUACCACAGAGAUUCAAACAACAGCUUCAACCUUAACACCAGCUGCAACCUCUGAAACAACACCAUCACCUACCAUGGCAUCAUCUAAUGCAGAAUCAGCUAGUACUUCAUCUGUUGAAACUACAGUAAGUCAAACAACAACAUUAGCCUCAACAGCUACAGAAAACUCUCCAACAACAACUUCAAGUACUUCACAAUCCACUAGUGCAGUUUCAACUAAAACUUCAUCUCAGACCACCACUUCUGCAUCAACAUCUUUGGAAACAUCUACAGCAUCACCUACAACUACAACUGCAUCACCUACUGUAUCUUUAACUACCACUUCAUCACCAGUAACUACAAAUUCAGAAACAAGUUCAGUCUCAAUAUCUACAGUAACCACUCCAACAACACUUCCAACAACCAGUGCAUCAUCUCCUGAAGCAUCAACUAGCACUUCAUCUCCUAUUACCACAGAGAUUCAAACAACAGCUUCAACCUUAACACCAGCUGCAACCUCUGAAACAACACCAUCACCUACCAUGGCAUCAUCUAAUGCAGAAUCAGCUAGUACUUCAUCUGUUGAAACUACAGUAAGUCAAACAACAACAUUAGCCUCAACAGCUACAGAAAACUCUCCAACAACAACUUCAAGUACUUCACAAUCCACUAGUGCAGUUUCAACUAAAACUUCAUCUCAGACCACCACUUCUGCAUCAACAUCUUUGGAAACAUCUACAGCAUCACCUACAACUACAACUGCAUCACCUACUGUAUCUUUAACUACCACUUCAUCACCAGUAACUACAAAUUCAGAAACAAGUUCAGUCUCAAUAUCUACAGUAACCACUCCAACAACACUUCCAACAACCAGUGCAUCAUCUCCUGAAGCAUCAACUAGCACUUCAUCUCCUAUUACCACAGAGAUUCAAACAACAGCUUCAACCUUAACACCAGCUGCAACCUCUGAAACAACACCAUCACCUACCAUGGCAUCAUCUAAUGCAGAAUCAGCUAGUACUUCAUCUGUUGAAACUACAGUAAGUCAAACAACAACAUUAGCCUCAACAGCUACAGAAAACUCUCCAACAACAACUUCAAGUACUUCACAAUCCACUAGUGCAGUUUCAACUACCACUUCAUCUCAGACCACCAUUUCUGCAUCAACAUCUUUGGAAACAUAUACAGCAUCACCUACAAGUACAACUGCAUCACCAAUUUUAUCUUCAACUACCACUUCAUCACCAGUAACUACAAAUUUUGAAACAACCUCAUUCUCAACAUCUACAGUAACCACUCCAACAACACUUCCAAAAACCAGUGCAUCAUCUACUGAAGCAUCAACUAGCACUUCAUCUCCUAUUACCACAGAUAGUCAAACAACAGCUUCAACCUCAACACCACUUGCAACCUCUGAAACAACACCAUCACCUACAGCCACUAGUGCAUCAUCUAGUGCAGAAUCAACUAGUACUUCAUCUGUUGAAACAUACAGUAAGUCAAACAACAACUUUACUACCACCUCAACAGCUUCAGCCACAACAUCAGAAAACUCGAACAACACUCCAAGUCUACAGACCACUUCACAAUUCUGCAUCAACAUCAGUUCUGGCAACAUCAUGGAAACAUCUACAGCAUCACCUACAACUACAACUGCAUCACCUACUGUAUCUUCAACUACCACUUCAUCACCAGUAACUACAAAUUCAGAAACAAGUUCAGUCUCAAUAUCUACAGUAACCACUCCAACAACACUUCCAACAACCAGUGCAUCAUCUACUGAAGCAUCAACUAGCACUUCAUCUCCUGUUACCACAGAUAGUCAAACAACAGCUUCAUCCUCAACACCAGCUGCAACCUCUGAAACAACACCAUCACCUACCAAGGCAUCAUCUAGUGCAGAAUCAACUAGUACUUCAUCUGCUGAAACUACAGUAAGUCAAACAACAACUUUAGCCUCAACAGCUACAGAAAACUCUCCAACAACACCUUCAAGUACUUCACAAUCCUCCAGUGCAGUUUCAUCAACAACUUCAUCUCAGACCACAAUUUCUGCAUCAACAUCUUUGGAAACAUCAACAGCAUCACGUAUAACUACAACUGCAUCACCUACUGUAUCUUCAACUACAACUUCAUCAUCAGUAACUACAAAUUCCGAAACAACUUCAGCCUCAACAUCUACAGUAACCACUCCAACAACACUUCUAACAACCAGUGCGUCAUCUACUGAAGAAUCAACUAGCACGUCAUCUCCUGUUACCACAGAUAGUCAAACAACUGCUUCAACCUUAACACCACAUGCAACCUCUGAAACAACACCAUCACCUACCACGGCAUCAUCUAGUGCAGAAUUAACUAGUACUUCAUCUGUUGAAACUACAGUAAGUCAAACAAAAACUUUAGCCACAACAGCCACAGAAAACUCUCCAACAACACCUUCAAGUACUUCACAAACCUCUAGUGCAGUUUCAAUUACCACUUCAUCUCAGGCCACCAUUUUUGCAUCAACAUCUUUGGAAACAUAUACAGCAUCACCUACAAGUACAACUGCAUCACUAAUUUUAUCUUCAACUACCACUUCAUCACCAGUAACUACAAAUUUUGAAACAACCUCAUUCUCAACAUCUACAGUAACCACUCCAACAACACUUCCAAGAACCAGUGCAUCAUCUACUGAAGCACCAACUAGCACUUCAUCUCCUAUUACCACAGAUAGUCAAACAACAGCUUCAAUCUCAACACCACAUGCAAACUCUGAAACAACACCAUCACCUACCACGGCAUCAUCUAGUGCAGAAUCAACUAGUACUUCAACUGUUCAAACUACAGUAAGUCAAACAAAAACUUUAGCCACAGCAGCCACAGAAAACUCUCCAACAACACCUUCUAGUACUUCACAAUCCUCUAGUGCAGUUUCAACUACAACUGCAUCUCAGACCGCCACUUAUGCAUCAAUAUCUCUGGAAACAUCUACAGCAUCACCUACAACUACAACUGCAUCAGCUACUGUAUCUUUAACUUCCACUUCAUCACCAGUAAGUACAAAUUCUGAAACAAGUUCAGUCUCAAUAUCUACAGUAACCACUCCAACAACACUUCCAACAACCAGUACAUCAUCUCCUGAAGCAUCAACUAGCACUUCAUCUCCUAUUACCACAGAUAGUCAAACAACAGCUUCAACCUCAACACCACAUGCAACCUCUGAAACAACACCAUCACCUACCACGGCAUCAUCUAGCGCAGAAUCAACUAGUACUUCAUCUGUUGAAACUACAGUAAGUCAAACAAAAACUUUAGCCACAACAGUCACAGAAAACUCUCCGACAACACCUUCAAGUACUUCACAAUCCUUAAGUGCAGUUUCAACAACAACUUCAUCUCAGACCACCACUUCUUUAUCAACGUCUUUGGAAACAUAUACAGCAUCACCUACAAGUACAACUGCAUCACCAAUUUUAUCUUCAACUACCAAUUCAUCACCAGUAACUACAAAUUCCGAAACAACUUCAUCCUUAACAUCUACAUUAACCUCUCCAACAACACUUCCAACAACCAGUGCAUCAUCUACUGAAGCAUCAACUAGCACUUCGUCUCCUGUUACCACAGAUAGUCAAACAACAGCUUCAUCCUCAACACCAGCUGCAACCUCUGAAACAACACCAUCACCUACCAAGGCAUCAUCUAGUGCAGAAUCAACUAGUACUUCAUCUGCUGAAACUACAGUAAGUAAAACAACAACUUUAGCCUCAACAGCUACAGAAAACUCUCCAACAACACCUUCAAGUACUUCACAAUCCUCCAGUGCAGUUUCAUCUACAACUUCAUCUCAGACCACAAUUUCUGCAUCAACAUCUUUGGAAACAUCAACAGCAUCACGUAUAACUACAACUGCAUCACCUACUGUAUCUUCAACUACAACUUCAUCAUCAGUAACUACAAAUUCAGAAACAAGUUCAGUCUCAAUAUCUACAGUAACCACUCCAACAACACUUCCAACAACCAGUGCAUCAUCUCCUGAAGCAUCAACUAGCACUUCAUCUCCUAUUACCACAGAUAGUCAAACAACAGCUUCAACCUUAACACCACAUGCAACCUCUGAAACAACACCAUCACCUACCACGGCAUCAUCUAGUGCAGAAUCAACUAGUACUUCAUCUGUUGAAACUACAGUAAGUGAAACAAAAACUUUAGCCACAAAAGCCACAGAAAAAUCUCCAACAACACCUUCAAGUACUUCACAAACCUCUAGUGCAGGUUCAACUACCACUUCAUCUCAGACCACCAUUUCUGCAUCAACAUCUUUGGAAACAUAUACAGCAUCACCUACAAGUACAACUGCAUCACCAAUUUUAUCUUCAACUACCACUUCAUCACCAGUAACUACAAAUUUUGAAACAACCUCAUUCUCAACAUCUACAGUUACCACUCCAACAACACUUCCAAAAACCAGUGCAUCAUCUACUGAAGCAUCAACUAGCACUUCAUCUCCUAUUACCACAGAUAGUCAAACAACAGCUUCAACCUCAACACCACAUGCAACCUCUGAAACAUCACCAUCACCUACCACAGCAUCAUCUAGUGCAGAAUCAACUAGUACUUCAUCUGUUGAAACUACAGUAAGUCAAACAACAACUUUAGCCUCAACAGCAACAGAAAACUCUCCAAUAAUACCAUCAAGUACUUCACAAUCCUCUAGUGCAGUUUCAACUGCAACUUCAUCUCAGACCACCACUUCUGCAUCAACAUCUUUGGAAACAUAUACAGCAUCACCUACAAGUACAACUGCAUCACCAAUUUUAUCUUCAACUACCACUUCAUCACCAGUAACUACAAAUUCUGAAACAACUUCAGCCACAACAUCUAGAGAAACCACUCCAACAACACUUCCAACAUCCAGUGUAUCAUCUACUGAAGCAUCAACUAGCACUUCAUCUCCUGUUACCACAGAUAGUCAAACAACAGCUUCAACCUCAACACCAGCUGCAACCUCAGAAACAGCACCAUCACCUACCACGGCAUCAUCUAGUGCAGAAUCUACUAGUACUUCAUCUGUUGAAACUACAGUAAGUCAAACAACAACUUUAUCCUCAACAGCUACAGAAAACUCUCCAACAACAACUUCAAGUACUUCACAAUCCUCUAGUGCAGUUUCAACUACAACUUCAUCUCAGACAACCAGUUCUGCAGCAACAUCUAUGGAAACAUCUACAGCAUCACCUACAACUACAACUGCAUCACCUACUGUAUCUUUAACUACCACUUCAUCACCAGUAACUACAAAUUCAGAAACAAGUUCAGUCUCAAUAUCUACAGUAACCACUCCAACAACACUUCCAACAACCAGUGCAUCAUCUACUGAAGCAUCAACUAGCACUUUGUCUCCUGUUACAACAGAUAGUCAAACAACAGCUUCAUCCUCAACACCAGCUGCAACCUCUGAAACAACACCAUCACCUACCAAGGCAUCAUCUAGUGCAGAAUCAACUAGUACUUCAUCUGCUGAAACUACAGUAAGUCAAACAACAACUUUAGCCUCAACAGCUACAGAAAACUCUCCAACAACACCUUCAAGUACUUCACAAUCCUCCAGUGCAGUUUCAUCUACAACUUCAUCUCAGACCACAAUUUCUGCAUCAACAUCUUUGGAAACAUCAACAGCAUCACGUAUAACUACAACUGCAUCACCUACUGUAUCUUCAACUACAACUUCAUCAUCAGUAACUACAAAUUCAGAAACAACUUCACCCUCAACAUCUACAGUAACCACUCCAACAACAUUUCCAACAACCAGUGCGUCAUCUACUGAAGAAUCAACUAGCACGUCAUCUCCUGUUACCACAGAUAGUCAAACAACUGCUUCAACCUUAACACCACAUGCAACCUCUGAAACAACACCAUCACCUACCACGGCAUCAUCUAGUGCAGAAUUAACUAGUACUUCAUCUGUUGAAACUACAGUAAGUCAAACAAAAACUUUAGCCACAACAGCCACAGAAAACUCUCCAACAACACCUUCAAGUACUUCACAAACCUCUAGUGCAGUUUCAAUUACCACUUCAUCUCAGACCACCAUUUCUGCAUCAACAUCUUUGGAAACAUAUACAGCAUCACCUACAAGUACAACUGCAUCACUAAUUUUAUCUUCAACUACCACUUCAUCACCAGUAACUACAAAUUUUGAAACAACCUCAUUCUCAACAUCUACAUGCAGUUUCAACUACAACUGCAUCUCAGACUGCCACUUCUGCAUCAAUAUCUCUGGAAACAUCUACAGCAUCACCUACAACUACAACUGCAUCAGCUACUGUAUCUUCAACUACCACUUCAUCACCAAUAGUCAAACAACAGCUUCAUCCUCAACACCAGCUGCAACCUCUGAAACAACACCAUCACCUACCACGGCAUCAUCUAGUGCAGAAUCAACUAGUACUUCAUCUGUUGAAACUACAUGCAGUUUCAACUACAACUUCAUCUCAGACCACCACUUCUGCAUCAACAUCUUUGGAAACAUAUACAGCAUCACCUACAAGUACAACUGCAUCACCAAUUUUAUCUUCAACUACCACUUCAUCACCAUAACCACUCCAACAACACUUCCAAAAACCAGUGCAUCAUCUACUGAAGCAUCAACUAGCACUUCAUCUCCUGUUACCACAGAUAGUCAAACAACAGCUUCAACCUCAACACCAGCUGCAACCUCUGAAACAACACCAUCACCUACCACGGCAUCAUCUAGUGCAGAAUCAACUAGUACUUCAUCUGUUGAAACUACAUGCAGUUUCAACUACAACUUCAUCUCAGACCACUUCUGCAUCAACAUCUUUGGAAACAUCUACAGCAUCACCUACAACUACAACUGCAUCACCUACUGUAUCUUCAACUACCACUUCAUCACCACAACAACCAGUGCAUCAUCUACUGAAGCAUCAACUAGCACUUCAUCUCCUGUUACCACAGAUAGUCAAACAACAGCUUCAACCUCAACACCAGCUGCAACCUCAGAAACAGCACCAUCACCUACCACGGCAUCAUCUAGUGCAGAAUCAACUAGUACUUCAUCUGCUGAAACUACAGUAAGUCAAACAACAACUUUAGCCUCAACAGCUACAGAAAACUCUCCAACAACACCUUCAAGUACUUCACAAACCUCUAGUGCAGUUUCAACUACCACUUCAUCUCAGGCCACCAUUUUUGCAUCAACAUCUUUGGAAACAUAUACAGCAUCACCUACAAGUACAACUGCAUCACCAAAUUUAUCUUCAACUACCACUUCAUCACCAGUAACAACAAAUUUUGAAACAACCUCAUUCUCAAUAUCUACAGUAACCACUCCAACAACACUUCCAAAAACCAGUGCAUCAUCUACUGAAGCAUCAACUAGCACUUCAUCUCCUAUUACCACAGAUAGUCAAAAAACAGCUUCAACCUCAACACCACAUGCAACCUCUGAAACAACACCAUCACCUACCACAGCAUCAUCUAGUGCAGAAUCAACUAGUACUUCAUCUGUUGAAACUACAGUAAGUCAAACAACAACUUUAGCCUCAACAGCAACAGAAAACUCUCCAAUAAUACCAUCAAGUACUUCACAAUCCUCUAGUGCAGUUUCAACUGCAACUUCAUCUCAGACCACCACUUCUGCAUCAACAUCUUUGGAAACACAUACAGCAUCACCUACAAGUACAACUGCAUCACCAAUUUUAUUUUCAACUAGCACUUCAUCACCAGUAACUACAAAUUUUGAAACAACUUCAUUCUCAACAUCUACAGUAACCACUCCAACAACACUUCCAAGAACCAGUGCAUCAUCUACUGACGCACCAACUAGCACUUCAUCUCCUAUUACCACAGAUAGUAAAACAACAGCUUCAACCUCAACACCAUAUGCAAACUCUGAAACAACACCAUCACCUACCACGGCAUCAUCUAGUGCAGAAUCAACUAGUACUUCAACUGUUCAAACUACAGUAAGUCAAACAAAAACUUUAGCCACAUCAGCCACAGAAAACUCUCCAACAACACCUUCUAGUACUUCACAAUCCUCUAGUGCAGUUUCAACUACAACUGCAUCUCAGACCGCCAAUUCUGCAUCAAUAUCUCUGGAAACAUCUACAGCAUCACCUACAACUACAACUGCAUCAGCUACUGUAUCUUUAACUACCACUUCAUUACCAGUAAGUACAAAUUCCGAAACAAGUUCAGUCUCAAUAUCUACAGUAACCACUCCAACAACACUUCCAACAACCAGUCCAUUAUCUCCUGAAGCAUCAACUAGCACUUCAUCUCCUAUUACCACAGAUAGUCAAACAACAGCUUCAACCUCAACACCACAUGCAACCUCUGAAACAACACCAUCACCUACCAAGGCAUCAUCUAGUGCAGAAUCAACUAGUACUUCAUCUGCUGAAACUACAGUAAGUAAAACAACAACUUUAGCCUCAACAGCUACAGAAAACUCUCCAACAACACCUUCAAGUACUUCACAAUCCUCCAGUGCAGUUUCAUCUACAACUUCAUCUCAGACCACAAUUUCUGCAUCAACAUCUUUGGAAACAUCAACAGCAUCACGUAUAACUACAACUGCAUCACCUACUGUUUCUUCAACUACAACUUCAUCAUCAGUAACUACAAAUUCAGAAACAAGUUCAGUCUCAAUAUCUACAGUAACCACUCCAACAACACUUCCAACAACCAGUGCAUCAUCUCCUGAAGCAUCAACUAGCACUUCAUCUCCUAUUACCACAGAUAGUCAAACAACAGCUUCAACCUUAACACCACAUGCAAACUCUGAAACAACACCAUCACCUACCACGGCAUCAUCUAGUGCAGAAUCAACUAGUACUUCAUAUGUUGAAACUACAGUAAGUGAAACAAAAACUUUAGCCACAACAGCCACAGAAAACUCUCCAACAACACCUUCAAGUACUUCACAAACCUCUAGUGCAGUUUCAACUACCACUUCAUCUCAGACCACCAUUUCUGCAUCAACAUCUUUGGAAACAUCUACAGCAUCACCUACAACUACAACUGCAUCACCUACUGUAUCUUCAACUACCACUUCAUCACCAGUAACUACAAAUUCUGAAACAACUUCAGGCUCGACAUCUACAGUAACCACUCCAACAACACUUCUAACAACCAGUGCAUCAUCUACUGAAGCAUCAACUAGCACUUCAUCUCCUAUUACCACAGAUAGUCAAACAACAGCUUCAACCUCAACACCACAUGCAACCUCUGAAACAACACCAUCACCUACCACAGCAUCAUCUAGUGCAGAAUCAACUAGUACUUCAUCUGUUGAAACUACAGUAAGUCAAACAACAACUUUAGCCUCAACAGCAACAGAAAACUCUCCAAUAAUACCAUCAAGUACUUCACAAUCCUCUAGUGCAGUUUCAACUGCAACUUCAUCUCAGACCACCACUUCUGCAUCAACAUCUUUGGAAACAUAUACAGCAUCACCUACAAGUACAACUGCAUCACCAAUUUUAUCUUCAACUACCACUUCAUCACCAGUAACUACAAAUUCUGAAACAACUUCAGCCACAACAUCUAGAGAAACCACUCCAACAACACUUCCAACAUCCAGUGUAUCAUCUACUGAAGCAUCAACUAGCACUUCAUCUCCUGUUACCACAGAUAGUCAAACAACAGCUUCAACCUCAACACCAGCUGCAACCUCAGAAACAGCACCAUCACCUACCAAGGCAUCAUCUAGUGCAGAAUCAACUAGUACUUCAUCUGCUGAAACUACAGUAAGUCAAACAACAACUUUAGCCUCAACAGCUACAGAAAACUCUCCAACAACACCUUCAAGUACUUCACAAUCCUUAAGUGCAGUUUCAACAACAACUUCAUCUCAGACCACCACUUCUUUAUCAACAUCUUUGGAAACAUAUACAGCAUCACCUACAAGUACAACUGCAUCAGCAAUUUUAUCUUCAACUACCACUUCAUCACCAGUAACUACAAAUUUUGAAACAACCUCAUUCUCAACAUCUACAGUAACCACUCCAACAACACUUCCAAAAACCAGUGCAUCAUCUACUGAAGCAUCAACUAGCACUUCAUCUCCUAUUACCACAGAUAGUCAAACAACAGCUUCAACCUCAACACCACAUGCAACCUCUGAAACAACACCAUCACCUACCACAGCAUCAUCUAGUGCAGAAUCAACUAGUACUUCAUCUGUUGAAACUACAGUAAGUCAAACAACAACUUUAGCCUCAACAGCAACAGAAAACUCUCCAAUAAUACCAUCAAGUACUUCACAAUCCUCUAGUGCAGUUUCAACUACAACUGCAUCUCAGACCGCCAAUUCUGCAUCAAUAUCUCUGGAAACAUCUACAGCAUCACCUACAACUACAACUGCAUCAGCUACUGUAUCUUUAACUACCACUUCAUCACCAGUAAGUACAAAUUCCGAAACAAGUUCAGUCUCAAUAUCUACAGUAACCACUCCAACAACACUUCCAACAACCAGUCCAUUAUCUCCUGAAGCAUCAACUAGCACUUCAUCUCCUAUUACCACAGAUAGUCAAACAACAGCUUCAACCUCAACACCACAUGCAACCUCUGAAACAACACCAUCACCUACCAAGGCAUCAUCUAGUGCAGAAUCAACUAGUACUUCAUCUGCUGAAACUACAGUAAGUAAAACAACAACUUUAGCCUCAACAGCUACAGAAAACUCUCCAACAACACCUUCAAGUACUUCACAAUCCUCCAGUGCAGUUUCAUCUACAACUUCAUCUCAGACCACAAUUUCUGCAUCAACAUCUUUGGAAACAUCAACAGCAUCACCUACAAGUACAACUGCAUCACCAAUUUUAUCUUCAACUACCACUUCAUCACCAGUAACUACAAAUUCCGAAACAACUUCAUCCUUCACAUCUACAUUAACCUCUCCAACAACACUUCCAACAACCAGUGCAUCAUCUACUGAAGCAUCAACUAGCACUUCGUCUCCUGUUACCACAGAUAGUCAAACAACAGCUUCAUCCUCAACACCAGCUGCAACCUCUGAAACAACACCAUCACCUACCAAGGCAUCAUCUAGGGCAGAAUCAACUAGUACUUCAUCUGCUGAAACUACAGUAAGUCAAACAACAACUUUAGCCUCAACAGCUACAGAAAACUCUCCAACAACACCUUCAAGUACUUCACAAUCCUCCAGUGCAGUUUCAUCUACAACUUCAUCUCAGACCACAAUUUCUGCAUCAACAUCUUUGGAAACAUCAACAGCAUCACGUAUAACUACAACUGCAUCACCUACUGUAUCUUCAGCUACAACUUCAUCAUCAGUAACUACAAAUUCCGAAAAAACUUCAGCCUCAACAUCUACAGUAACCACUCCAACAACACUUCCAACAACCGGUGCAUCAUCUACUGAAGCAUCAACUAGCACUUCGUCUCCUGUUACCACAGAUAGUCAAACAAUAACUUCAACCUCAACACCAGCUACAACCUCUGAAACAACACUAUCACCUACCACGGCAUCAUCUAGUGUAGAAUCAACUAGUAAUACAGCUGUUGAAACUACAGUAAGUAAAACAACCACUUUAGCCUUAACAGCCACAGAAAACUCUCCAACAACACCUUCAAGUACUUCACAAUCCUCUAGUGCAGUUUCAACUACAACUUCAUCUCAGACCACCACAUCUGCAUCAACAUCUUUGGAAACAUCCACAGCAUCACAUACAACUACAACUGCAUCACUUACUGUAUCUUCAACUACCACUUCAUCACCAGUAACUACAAAUUUUGAAACAACUUCAUUCUCAACAUCUACAGUAACCACUCCAACAACACUUCCAACAAUUAGUGCAUCAUCUACUGAAGCAUCAACUAGCACUUCAUCUCCUGUUACCACAGAUAGUCAAACGAUAGCUUCAUCCUCAACACCAGCUGCAACCUCUGAAACAACACCAUUACCUACCACGGUAUCAUCUAGUGCAGAAUCAACUAGUACUUCAACUGUUGAAAUUACAGUAAGUCAAACAACAACUUUAGCCUCAACAGUAACAGAAAACUCUCCAAUAACACCAUCAAGUAAUUCACAAUCCUCUAGUGCAGUUUCGACUGCAACUUCAUCUCAGACCAGCACUUCUGCAUCAACAUCUUUGGAAACAUCUACAGCAUCACCUACUACUACAACUGCAUCACCUACUGUAUCUUCAAUUACCACUUUAUCACCAGUAACUACAAAUUCUGAAACAACUUCAGCCUCAACAUCUACAGUAAGCACUCCAACAACACGUCCAACAACCAGUGCAUCAUCUACUGAAGGCAUCAACUAGCACUUUAUCUCCUGUUACCACAGAUAGUCAAACAACAGCUUCAACCUCAACACCAGCUGCAACCUCUCA